GUUUUUUUGUGCGGGUUUUGCAGGAUGUAAGAGAGAGGGAUUUAGAGGAUGCCGGAUGUGACCCGCUCAGACUCCCAACGAUCCGACGUAUCGAGUAGGCCACGCGUGUCCUUCAACAGGGACGUACAUGUCAAACGCAUCGUGCCACGUGAGGGCGCGCGGAUUGUUGGAGCACUGAGCGGUGACGGCGCGGGUCACCUGGUGGCUUCGCCCGUCCGUAAGGAAAGGCUCAAGAAGUCGAAAAAGGAACUUGCCGAGGAGGCGGCACGCGUGCUCCACCAGGCCGAUAAGAUCGACUGUGUCACCAAUAAGUCAGGCGUUCGUCCGGACAAAUUUUACACCCUCCCUAAUCGAAAGAAACAGAGGCCUGAAUUCGUUUCCGCUUCCUUAGACAGACGCGUUCGAAGAAAUUCUUCGGAGCCCAUCCCCCCGAGAAAACCUCCAAGAACAUUUGCUACCCUAAGCACACCACACGUCACUCAGAAAACCUCGAUUUUUGAUAUUUUCAAAAAGGCGGAAAAACCGAAAAAAUCCAAUUUAAGAAGAAGUGUAAGUGACGCGACCAAUUUGAAAUCGGUAGCUUAUGGAGCGAAUAAUGAACCGUUUAGAAACCGACCGAGAAGCGACAACGAGGAUCCUUUGAACGUUCCUUACCAUAAAAAGCAGUUGUCUCCUAUCAUAGAAGUCACGCAACGGGAGGAUUAUUUUUCGAACGCCAAAGCAGACGACAAAGAAAACAUCCAGUAUAACGAUAACGUGGAUAUUAGAGCACCGGCGCGCAAAAAAGGCAGGAAAAGUGAAAGUGUCACUGAAAAAUUAAAGCAGUACAUCGACGAAGUAGACGCGGAAAUUUAUAAAGAAACUGGCGUUAGAGUGACCCCGCCCAAACAGGAAGUAAAACAGCCAGAAGUGAUAAUAAUCGAUGUGGAUAAAGCGGAAAAAAUCUCAAGCAACAAAGGGAAAAACAGCAUUGGCAAGAAAUUAAAGAAUCUAACGCUAAAGAAGAAUAAAACAAAUGAAGCUAAAAGCAAGCCAACGAACGACAAAAAUAAAAACAAAAAAGCCCAGAAAAAUAAUCAGAAGAACGUCGAGGAAAACGUAGAAAAGAAGAGCGUUGUCCCUGAAAAACCGAAACUUGAAGAGAAAUUAUCUUCGGGUUCCGUAUCGACAGCUCCAAUAAUUAAAAAGGCAAUCGAGAGUUUGGAAAAUCCAGGCAAGAAAUCCCCCACGAUGAUUCACAGUAGUCAAAAACCAGUGGAAAAAUUACCUUUAACCAAAGGCCGCACAGUCGACACCAUGGUAAAACGCUUAAGCACUGACUCGGCCUCACCGCCACCAAAAGCAAGCCUUAUCUUGGGCUCGGCUGCCCAACACGGCCACAGUCAACCAUUUUCCUACACAAGAGGAAUAAGUCCGGAAAAGUACAUGUCCAACGAAAAUUUGCAGCAUCCUAGCAGUCCUAUUAUUUAUGCUCAGGUGGUUUGCGGCAAAAACGGCACAAAUGCCCCUACAAAACAAACGAUCCAUACUGCUUAUCAGAACGGUAAAAAACAGCCCCAUUCGGAUUCGGAUGAAGGUUUAGGGUACGAGGAAAACACAGGUUUCAAUAGAAAGUACGAACCGGAAAAACCAAUAACGCAUUUCGGCGACAGGUACAAUAACAAUAGACAUAACAGUAGAAAACGUACGGACGAUUUCUUCGACGAAAUCGACAAAUUCGAAGAAGAAAGUCCUAUUACCCCGAGAUUUACGAACCCGGCGUUUCUUAACGGCUACAACGGCUACGACAGAAAUAGAACCACGUUCCAGCGGGUUGAAAAAACGGGAUACAUGGACUCUUCGUCGCGGGGAAGGGGCGACGGGAUGGAUUCCAAGAGACGCGAAAGUCUCACGGAACCAUUCGAGAACGGAUUUACCUCAAACGGCGUGAACGGGCGCAGCGAUCUCAGCGCCAGACGCGAUCUUCUGGAAUCGAGGAUGAAUCGGAGGUUGAACGACAUUUCCGCCAAUCACUCGCCCGAAUACAACGGUCAGCCCGCCAACGUUUACGUUUCGGAAUCGUCUUCGAAGUAUUACAGGAGCGGUUCUGCUAGUCCAGUGGGUUACAAGGAGAAGUACGUGUCCGAGACUAAGACCGACAAGAACGGCGAGCGAUACACGACGGAAUCGCGCAGCAAGAAGUACUUCGGUGAUCAUCCGAAAGACAUUCGCAACGGCCAUAAUUACAGUAGUUUCGAGAACGAACCGAAGAGCUUCGACUCGCAGAUUAGCGAUUACAGAUCCUCCCCGGAAAACAGGCAAUUUGAAGCUAGUCAUAAUAGAUACAACGUAAGAAGCGAAAAACAGAAAAUCUUUAAGGAUCGCGAUCACUACAAAUCCACCCCCGAAAUACACCACCAAAGGGACUACACCAACGGGUACCGCGACUCUUACCACGAGUCUCUGAAAAGGGAAAAACACGACGACAGUUUGUUAAACUCCUCCAAAUACCGAUCGGAAAGGUAUUUGGACCACAGCGAGAGCGAACGCAAAGAUAAAUUCGGAGAUUCCGGUAUAGAGAACGAUUUCAGAAGAGACUCCUCGGAAAAUUACAGGGUCACUCGUCCACCAAGAAGAAGAGAUUACGGCAACGAAAGCGAAGAUGAAGGGUUCGCAAGUUCUCUACUCAUCGCCAGCGAACGACAACACACUGAAGACAGCAUUAACAGCAGAAAAAAGAAAGAAUAUGAUUCUGAUAGAGCCUUAUCCAGAGAAGAAGAAAGUAUCAUACUUUCAAAGCACAGAUCGCAAGAUUACGUACCCAGGGAGAGAAGUAUAGACGAUGGAAGUCAUUUUGAUCCUAGAAUCGAUAAGGAUCUUGAUAGGUCUACUUUGAAGAAGAUUGAGAAAAAGCCACCAAAGCCAGAGAAGAAGAGCAGUUUGGAGAAGAUGAAACAGUUGUUCACAAGGGAUAGCAAAAAGAAGAAGGAGAAGCAACCACCGGCCAUGGUAAGAGAAGAAAGUCUUAGAGCUAGAUACGUGGAAUAUAAAGGAAGAGAUGUAGAGCCGAAAUACAAGAAGAAAGACAUGAGCGAAAAUUACUCGGUCUUAAAUCAAUGUAAUAAAACGCAAUUUGAAAGAGUUACGAUUACAGUAAUCGAAGACGUUUGUCUACGCCAAGCCCGAGUCCUACGCGUGAUACGCAACGAAACGGAAAAUCAGAAACCACCCACGGAAGCUGGUUCAAAUCCUUGGACCGGCUGUCGCGAAAGAAAAACAAAAAGGGACGGCAACCAGACAAGCACCGAAGAAGACUCGCCCGCGAAACCGACCCCAACGAAAAACCUCCGAUUCUUCGGAGACACCGACAUCGAAUCGAACGACAGCACGCGCGUGAAAUCGUCGUUCAAGUCGCGACCCGGCAUCAUGAGCCGCGGCGACCGCUUCCGCAGCCAAUCGUCCAGGGACCUGCACAACAUAUCCGAGGAGAUCCGCACGCCGGACCUCAGCAAGAGGAAGUCGAGUUACAAGUCGAUGACGAACAUCUCGGAGACGGAUCGCGACCUGAAGGGAUCGAAGCAGAGCUUGAAGCCGCCCAAAUCGCCUAACCACAGGAUAACCAGGGAGGUUUCCUCCAAAGGCAGCAGGGACGAUAGAGUGAGGAGAAGGAAGAAUGAAGUCAGCUCUGUGGAGAGCUCCACCGAAGGAGACAGCAGCCAGCAGUCGCAGAGGAGUAUUGUCUAUCUUCAUGCAGCUACAGUUGGUGACAUUCCUGGGCCAGGCUACUUGAGAAACGGCCGACGUGCAGCGUCCAGGGAAGAACUGGCGUCGAACAGUUCGAGUCGCAUGACGCCGCAAGUAAAAACCCUCAGCCGAUCGUUCUCCGUGCUGGCGCCAUGGAAGCCGCGGCAUUAUCGCGAAGCAAUGGAUAUAGAUUACACGCAGUACCCGAAACAAACGAAAAACGGAAAGUACGAGAAAGUAUCGAAAAACGGAUCUAGUCGCAAAGAUAGCUCGUCCACGCUUAAGAAGAAGGCGCAGGAGACGCGCCGCAACCAGACGCAGUCGACUCUGACGAGGAAAUCGAAGAGCAAAGAAAAUUUGGCGACGUCGAACUUCAGGAAGUCCAACGGCGACCUCGCCAGAUCUUCCAACUCCACUUUGUACAAGAAGAAGGAGAAGUUGCCGCGCGAAAACUCCCGCUACUCCAGAGACAGGGAGGAGAAGAAGAUCAGCUCCAAAAGCCUUUCGGUGGAGUCUCUCGGUAGCAACAGAUCGGGUAGAAGGAGCAGGGACGACAGGGACGUUUCUAGAUCGGUGUCCAUGCCCAGAGAUCCCGAGAAGUCCGCUGGUUGGUUCAAGAUGACCAAAAAAAGCAAACACACCGGAAGCACCCAGCGGUUGUGAUUCGAAAUUUCCAAUUUAGGCUUCAGCACAUAAUUAUUUACACUAGUGCCAUCAGCUGCAUCAAAUUUUUCUCUCAAAUUUAACGUUCGUUAAAUUGUGACCGAGAAGAGCCUAUUGACAGUUUUUUAGAUUUAUUCAAGAAGAAUGUGCCUUAUAUUUUCUUUAAUAGUUUUGUUUCCCUUUCAUUACGCUCAGAUACCUAGUGAAAGGGAAGUUGAAUUGUUCAUUUAAAAAAGCUUUAUUUUGCUAUUAUUUAUCUAACCCCUUAUUUUAGUAUUCAAUGUACUGAUUUAUCUUGAAUAUCAUUGAAUAAUGGUGCUAUAUUAGGACUUAACAAUACGUGUAAAACUUUGUAAAUAACAAUUUUAAAUGUAAAUAAUGGGUAAGGUACUUAAUAUAACUUUAAAUAGUAUUUUAAAAUAAUUUGUUACCAAAUUAUUUAAUAAUUUUGGAUUUUGUAGAAUUGUUUUAUAUAAUUUAAGAUAGAUGUGUUAUUUUACUAUUUAGUCACUUAACAAUUAUAUUUGUAAUUAUGUGCUAUAUUAAACAUAAAUAAACUUUUAAUACAUUAA